GUCUAAAUGUCAUUUUCCACUUUCGUGUAGACACGUCUUAAUUUUGGAAUUUUAUUUUCGUAUAGCAAUUUUACACCUGGCUGUCAUUCCAGCGCUACGAAAUUUUCGUCCUUCCUUUUCUCAAUCUUACGUAGGUAUCUACAGUAUUUAUUUCUUGAUUUUAAUCGAAAUCUCAACAUAUAUCAGCAUCAGAUAUUAGUACCGUAUAAAAUUUUCCAGAAUCCAACUCGGAACCAUGGCCGAUUCGAAUUCAAAUGAGAAUACUUGCGUAGUGUGUUUCAAGAACGUUUUGUACUAUUCGAUUGGCGAAUGUGACCAUCCCGUAUGUUUCGAGUGUUCUACCCGAAUGCGGGUCCUGUGCCUGCAAAAUGAGUGCCCCAUCUGCCGGCAGGACCUUUCCAGGGUUGUGUUUACGGAUUCCAUCCAACCCUAUAAAGAGCUCCGCAACAGGGUGUUCUCCGACCGCCUCUUUGAGAGGCAGUAUAAGAUUGGGUUCUGCGAUGAAGAAAUAAAGCAGGCUUAUGAGCGGUUGCUUGAAAACCGCUGCAAGAUCUGUGACAAAAUACCACCAUUUCGUACUUUUAGUAUGCUGAGUGAUCAUAUGAGGAAAGUCCAUGAGAGAUACUUUUGUGAUCUCUGUGUUAAGCAUUUAAAGAUAUUUACUAUGGAGAGAAAGUGCUAUACCCGCCAAGAGUUGGCUCAUCAUCGGCGGAGAGGUGAUGUGGAUGAUACAUCUCACAGGGGACAUCCUCUCUGCGAGUUUUGCGAGGAACGUUUUAUGGAUGCUGAUGAAUUAUACCGGCAUUUGCGUAAGGAACAUCUGUACUGCCAUCUAUGUGACGCUGACGGGCGAAAUCUUUACUAUGCGUCCCAUUCGGCGCUUGCGCAUCACUUUAGGACUGACCAUUACCUUUGUGAGGAAGGAGAGUGCGCCGGGCAACAUUUGACUGCCGUCUUUAGAAGUGAAAUUGAUCUUAAAGCGCACAAGGCGACGGUGCACGGGCGAGGCAUGCCGCGCGGCGCGGCCCGCCAGGCGCGCACUCUAGAGCUACAGUUCAACAUCACACCGCACCCCGUCGUGCAGAGGACGCCCAGGGACAGAGACAGAGACAACCGAGACCGGCAAGAGCCUGUGCCAGCCCCGGCCCCUCCUCCGACGAUGACUCAGGCCAGCAUCGACACGGGGAGCGUGGAGCAGUUCCCUCGACUGUCGGCCGCCCCGCCGGCUCCUGGACUCGUUCUGUCCGCUCCCACACGCGCUUAUAAAAGUGCAGAUGGCUUGCUGCGUAACGACAAGAAUUUCCCAGCGCUAGACGGUUCGGGCCCCUCGCGUGCCCCGAGGCCCGUCGCCCCGACGCCUACCACUGUGGCUGCUACCAUCGUUAGAAAUAGCAAGCCCAGCGUAUCGAUUCAGUUACACAGCCAGCCGGCCAGCGCCAGCAACUUCCGACUGACGCAGACCAGUGGCCAUCGUAUAUCCGUGCCUCCGCAGCAGAAGAAACCGCCGGCCAUGAUGAAUGAUGAUGAUUUUCCCUCACUCGGUAUUGCCAGAGAUGACCAUCCCAGCCUCGGCGCAGCCACCGUACAGGCGCCUAAAGUUGCUCUAAUCAAUAGCCAAGAGAUGCAAGCACUUAAACAUAACCACGUCCAAUCCCAUCCAAAGAAAGCUCAACUAAGUUCGGAAGCGUUCCCCGCUCUCUCGUCCACCGCCGCGCCCGUGGCCCCGCCGCAGUGGAUCACUGUGUCCAAGUCCAAAGACAAGCAGAAGCCGAGCAAGCCCGAGCCGCCCCCGCAGCCGCGCGAGCCUAGCUUCAACCCUGUCGCGGACUUCCCCACGCUGCCCGUCAAUACAUCCAAGUCUAAGAAGAAGCAACAACCGCCGCCACAGCCGACGCAACAACCGCCACCAUCUCAAAAUACAAACAACGAUAACACUAAGCUUAGCAAAAAGGAGAAAAAGAAACAAAAUAGUAAAAAAGAAAAUUUACUGGACACCUACAAUGUCAACGGUACCAACGAUAAGAAGCUGCUGAGAGAAUCGUACGCUUCCGUCAAUGCUAACAAUAACAUUCAACCUGCAGAAGAUAAAAAGGUUAAGACCGUGGAUACAGUACCCAGCGGUACAGUCAAUCCGGAGCGGAAUAGGAAUGGGGGCAACGGAGAUUUUAGUUUAGCUGACAAGGACUACCCGCCGCUUAACUCUCGAAGCGAGAACUGUAUACCGAGCAAGAAGGUGAUGAACGGUAGCGUGCCGCCGGGAUUCAAGCCGCGCCCCGCCUGCGACGGCAUGACGUUCACCAACUCCGCGGGGCAGACGUUCAGCGCGCCUCUACACACGUACAUCCCGCCGCCCAACUUCGAGCACAGGAACCGGGCGCUCGUCAAGAAAUUCGCGGUGGCGCUAGGCGGAGACGCUGCCGUGGAGGACUUCAAAGUGGCCUCGCGCGCCUUCCGGGACAGUUCCAUCAGUGCGGAGCAGUUCCACGCUCACUGCCGCGCGGCGCUGGGUGCGCAGUUCGAGGCCGUGUUCCCCGAGCUGGUGGCGCUGCUGCCCGACAUCGCCAAGCAGCAGGAGCUGGUGGUGGCGCGCGCGCCUGCGGCCGGUCUGGCGCCCUGCGCCGUCUGCGGACAGCUACUGGCCCCCGCCGACGCGGCGCCCCACCACGCGCAUCACUGGCCCGCGCUGGCCGCGCCGCGCUAGCCGCGCCCCGCGACCUCUGCGUGUCAAUCGGUUUGCAACUAGUGAUUGAUUUCAGUAAUGUUAAACAUUACUCAGGACGACAAACAUCGACAGAGUUAUAAAGACUAUACCUCGAAGUUCAAUGUUUACAUUUGGAUUAAUUUGUACCUAUUUUUGUACAUACAUACCUAGUUACUUCAUAGACGAUUGUUCCACGCGACGUAGUAGAUCGUUGUACCCGUACUCAGUACAGUAUCGUAUCGCUAGCCUGACUAUUCCUUUGACUGUGUAGUAUUAUGUGAUCAUACUAAAUCUACAGUAGCGCAAUUAAACACACAUGUGAUUUGUAAAAUGUAAAUGUUAUGAUGUAAAAUAUUAUUUCAAAGUUUAUUAUAUUUUUGUACGUUAAAUAGAACAGUUUCUUGAGUUUUGUGUAAAAUAUUUUUGUUGAUUAUUGUUAGUGUUUCAUUGCGAACCCUGUGCUAAUAAAUUAUCUUUGAAAUUAUCGGUCCAUCCUGAUAUAUUUAAAAUAUUUGUGUAUGUAAUACAUUUAUUUACAUUGUAUACAUACAAUGUUAAAAUUUUAUAAUGACGUAAAUGUACAUACUCUUAUACAUAAUUAAUUAUAUAUUGAACUGGAAACUUUGUUUGAUAAACCAUAGCUCUCUUCCUAGCAGCAAAUUAAUAAGGAUGUUUUGACUCAGUUAUAAAAGAUCUCAACUUACAAGUUACAGUAAAGUUAACAUAACGAAUUUAUACUAGAAAAAUGAUAUCUGUUUUAUAUAAUAAACAGAAUUACAAGCAAA